AGGAAGCAAUGGAACGAGACCUGAAUUCAUUAGUGGUAGCCUAGACGUACCGCAGACUUAAUUGGGACAUAAUCUAGACACUUUAACCGUGAUCAUGGUCAGAAAAUACAUCUUAUUCUCUCUUUUCUUGAAUUGUUACGUUUUGGGGAUCAAAAAUGAAGGCAUUUUCAAUGGGCAAAAACCCUUCAAGUACACCAUUGUAAAUCCUCAGGCGAUUCACAGAUGGACAAGGAGCAUCAUCAGACCACCACAAUCAGAAGAGAAAUAUGGAGAGGAGAUGUUAACAUAUUCACUCAAAAUAAACAACAGAACACACCUUCUUCAUCUACAAAAGAACAGAGACUUUAUACACCCAAACUUUGUUCAGUAUUCACUUGACGCCAUUGGUAACCACAGGUCAUCAUAUCCAAAAGAACUUGUGAAUUGCUAUUACCACGGAGAGGUGGAGGGAGAUCAGAAUUCAGUGGUGGCACUCAGCACAUGCUCUGGCCUGAGGGGUGUGAUCAUCCUUGGAAAUGAGACCUAUGGACUUGAGCCUAUGCCACAGUCUGCCACCAAUGAGCACAUUCUGUACCUACUGAAGGACAUUCAGUCCGAGCCAGUCGCCUGUGGGGUCGUCAGUGAGGCUGACACAUCAAAGCAAAGCUAUGAACCCUUUGAGCCUGGCCAAUCGCUAGCUUCACUGCUGCGGAGGAAGCGCAAUUUACCUCAAACCAGUUAUGUGGAGUUGGUGCUGGUUGUCGAUAAUCUCAGGUAUAAUUAUAUGAAACGAAAUGACACGGCUGUACAAGUGCAAAUGGUGGAAAUUGCUAAUCUACUGGAUGGGUAUUACAAGCAGUUGAAUAUUCGUGUGGUGCUGGUGGGCCUGAAGAUUUUUAAGGAUAGUAAUCCCUUUAGUGUGAAUGGCAAUGCAGGGGAGGUGUUGGGGAGGUUUGUUGCGUGGCGGAAGACUGUACUAUUACCACUUAUUAGGAAUGAUAUGGCUCAACUCAUUGUGGGUCAGCCCAGCCCAUACAGCGGAAGUAUAUUAGGAAUGGCCUUUGUGGGCACGGUCUGCUCCGUAUCAACCUCUGGAGGAAUCAUUGUGUUCAGCGACAAUAGUCUGCCCUAUAUCUCCACUGUGGUGGCCCAUGAGAUGGGCCAUAACCUGGGCAUGAAUCACGAUGAUGGCCGCUGCACUUGUAAUGGAAAAAGCUGCAUCAUGUCAGCCUCUGCUAGUGGUUCAACCAGUUUUAGCAGCUGCAGUGCAACUGACUUUGAGGCACUGAUCAUUCGUGGAGGAGGCGUGUGUCUGAGAAACCAGCCCUCCGCAUCAGAAGUGGUUGGUACUCCUGUAUGUGGCAAUGGCCAGCUGGAGACAGGAGAGCAGUGUGACUGUGGCACACCACAGGAAUGCACCAAUGACUGCUGUGAUGCUGCCACCUGUACAUUUGCACGCGGGGCCACCUGUGCUGCGGGGAGCUGUUGUGCCAACUGUCAGAUCAGAGUUUCUGGAACGCCAUGCAGAGAGUCUGUCAACACAUGCGAUCUUCCUGAAUACUGCAAUGGCACAAGUGCGUUCUGUCCCAUUGAUUUCUAUGUCAUGGACGGCCUGCCCUGUGGAAGUGCGUACUGCUAUGAGGGCCGAUGCCAGACGUAUGAUUUCCAGUGCAAACAACUCUUUGCAACAGGUCAAGCAAGAAAGGCAGCUGAUGUUUGUUUUCAGAAUGCAAAUACUAGAGGAAACUUAUUUGGAAACUGUGGAAUCACCAGCAAUGGAGGCUAUAUCCCAUGUAGUGUAGCAAACUCCAUGUGUGGAAAGGUGCAGUGUACUAACGUGGACUUGAGCAUCAUCCCUCCCGGCGCCCAAGUCAGUUUCCAAGUAGUUCAAGGGUCAACUUGUGUUAAUGCAGACUUCAACCUCGGCACAGAUGUGCCAGAUCCUGCCUACGUUAAACCUGGCAGCCCCUGUGAUAUUGGAAAGUCCUGCGUGAACUUUCAGUGCGUGAACGCUUCUGCUCUGCUGCCCAACUUGACUUGUGACGCCAAGACCACUUGCAACAGCCGAGGGAUAUGUAAUAACCUUGGGCACUGCCACUGUCAAAAUGGGUGGGCCCCACCUUACUGUGACAGGCCAGGGCGAGGUGGCAGCAUAGACAGUGGUCCUGCUCAGAUAGACUACUCCCUCAGGAAUGGCCUGUUGAUCUUCUUCCUGUUGGUGGUUCCUGUUCUGGUCUUUCUCAUUCUGGUGCUGCUCUACAUCUUCAGGAGAGAUUCCCUGGACCCAUGCCUAAAAGGAAGCCUUGCCAACCGUCUCAAGACACGUAAUGCUCAAAAAGGAAAUGCAAAUGCACAGUCAAACAGCAAUGUUCAGACAAGUGCCACAACCCAGGCUCCCCCUGAUAGGCCUGGAAGUCUGCCAGCUACCUCAGUUCCAAUUGCUGGUUUCAGGUAUGGAGAACUAGAUUACUGGAAUACAGAAGCAAGCACUGCCCCUCCACAACGACCAGCUCCUGCUCAAGGCCCCGGAGUGCCCAAACCCAUCCCACCCAAGCAGCCACAGAACUGAUUCACUUUUUAUACUACAUAUUUUCAGUUGUUUGGUGAAUGUAUGGAGUUCACUACAGCUCAACAUUGUAUGAAGAGACUGUGUUAAAACACUGUGAUUAUAAUAGACUCACUGUAACCUUUUUUACAGUGACAGUAAUAACCAGGUGGUGGAUGAGGCUGGUACAGUAGACAUGUAAAUAUUUAUUGGAAUAUGUGUCUUUUUUUUUUUUUUUUUUUAGAUUCCAGUUUAUCACUCAUUGGAAAGAAUUGCACAUAAAAUAUAUUUUUAAAUCAUCAAAUCUUUUGUAUUUGAUACUACUGUAUAUUUUUUCAAAGAUUUUGUGAUUUCAUGAAUGUUAAUUGUAAUAAAUUGUAAUAAAAACAUGUUUGCUAUCAGA